AUGAUGGAGGAGGAAAUAUGGAAAUGGUGGGAGGAGGAACCGAAGUAUGAAGAUGGCAUCAAAUGGACGUCCCUGAGACACAAUGGUCCAGCAUUUCCUCCCCCCUACGAACGACUGCCCGACAAUAUCAAGUUUUAUUACAAUGAGGAGGCUGUGACACUCAAUUUGGAAGCAGAAGAGGUUGCCAGCCUUUAUGCCAAAAUGCUGGACCAUGCGCUGACCAAAGAUGAGACCUUUUGCAAAAACUUCUUCACUGACUGGAAGGACACUAUGUCACCGGAGGUGAAGGAGGUCAUUACUGCUUUGGAUCAAUGUGAUUUUAGAGAGAUGGCUGCCUACUACAAAAGAAAGAAAACCAAUGAAAAAGUACAACAGGAAUUUGGCUAUUUUUUCUUGGAUGGCCACAAACAGAGAAUUGGGAACUAUAACAUCAGCCCCCCUAGCUUGUUUGUUGGAAGGAACUCACCCAACCGGGGAAAGCUGAAGAAGAAGAUCCUGCCAGAAGAUGUCACCAUCAACUGCAGCGAGAAAGAGAUUCCUGAGCCCCCGCCAGGACACAGCUGGGGACAAGUUCAGCAUAACCCUGCAGUUAUUUGGCUGGCCUCUUGGAAAGAGAGCCCCCCGGGAAAACUCAAAUACAUGAUGCCACAUGCCAGCUCUAAACUGAUGGGAGAAAAGGACUGGAAGAAGUAUGAAGUUGCCCGAAGCCUGAAGCACCACAGAGACCAGAUUCAGGAGCAGUGCCGCAAGGACUGGGAUUCUGAGGACAAGUCGCUGCGGCAGCGGGGGGUUGUGCUUUACUUAAUUGACAAGUUUGGAUUCAGAGUAGGUAAUAAAACUAAAGAAGGGAUGACGGCCAAUACUUUUGGGUGCUGCUCCCUCAGAGUGAAGCAUGUGACACUACAUGAAGACCAGAAAGGAGAAACAAAAAAGGUUGAGUUUAAUUUCAUGGGUAAAAGUUCCGUCCUAUACAAAAAAACGGUGCCAGUGGAAGAGAAGGUGUUUAGGAAUCUCCAGCAGUUUAAGGAGGAGAAGGGGGAGAGAGGUGAAGCGGAACUAUUUGAUCAAGUGAAUUUCCAGGUGCUGAAUAUGUAUCUUAAAGGUUUAAAGAAGGGCUUGACAACAAAGGUCUUUCGAACACUCAAUGCCUGCAUAACAAUGGAACAGCAGCUGAAAAAUCUCACUGAUCAUCACAUCAAGAACAAGGUCUCGUCCUUCAACGAAGCCAACAGAAAAGUCGCAGAACUCUGCAACCACCAGCGGACAAAAAUGGAACUGCAUUGGUUUGAGCUACAAGAUCAAAUUGAGGCCAGCAGAGAUGAACUUUCUCUGUUAAAGAAAAAGCUAGAGCGAGCCACGCAAGACAGCAACACAGAAGAGCUCAAGAAGGAUGUGAAGAGAAAAGAAGACGAACUGAGGAAAUUGGAUGUGAAGAGCAGGAUGGAGGAAAACAAGCAGCUAAACUUGAACAGCUCCAAACUGUACUAUAUAGACCCAAGGAUCAUUGUGGCAUGGUGUAUAAAAUGGGGAGUUCCAGUGGAGGAAAUCUACACCGAAGCCCAACGUGAUAAAUUUGCCUGGGCCAUUCACAUGAACAAUGAGAACUUUGAAUUCUAG